AGACCUACCUGCGUAUGUUGCCCAGGAGAUAGGAAAGACUCCUGUGUAACUAGUGCUGCGCAAUGAUGGGCUUCCGGCUUCCCUUCAUUAUGUGCCAUGUUGUUGUUGUGGCUCUGAGCUUUAAUCUGAAUGUGACAGACUGGCUGGACUCCUAUGAAAUUGUAACACCGCUGUUCAUAGAGGACAGGACAGUGAAUAAAACCAGAGAGCUCACUUAUGCCAUUAUGAUUGACAGCAAAGACUAUAUUAUUCACUUAGUCCACAAUCCGAUGCUUGUUACCACAGACUUUAAAGUUUUUUCCUACAGCAAGACAUACUCCUUGUAUUUUGACGAGCCCCACAUUCUAACACAUUGCUACUACCAAGGAUAUGUACAAGGAUACCCAAACUCAGUAGUGGCCAUGAACACAUGUUCUGGACUUAGGGGCAUCAUGCAUACAGAUGAGUUUAUAUAUGCAAUUGAGCCAAGUGAACCAUUGCACCAUUUUGAGCACAUUGCUUAUAGCAUGGAACAGUUUAAAACAACUAUAGAUUGUUUACUGGACACAUCAAUCUAUCUUCGUUCUACAGAAAGCUCAGCCAUAGAGCAGGGAUUAUGUGUUCGCAAUAAAACAGCAUAUGUGGAAGUAUUCAUGGUUGCUACUCAACAGCAGUUUGAAUUCCAUCAUGAAAAUCGAACAUUUCUAUUGGAGAGCAUGCUUGAUUUAAUAAAUAGUGUAAAUGCUGUGUACCAGGAUUUAAAUACUCACAUUAUUUUGGUUGGAAUAGAGAUCUGGUCAAAUGACAAUCUUAUUAAUACAGAAGGAAGGAAUGUGCAUGAUAUUCUGUCGGACUUCUUAGCUUGGAAGAAAGAAUACCUGGAUGAGCACAUUAAAUGUGCUGUUGCAGUUUUAUCCUUGAGAGAUGAGACCAUCCCCUCGUCGGGUCUGUCACAUUUGAGAGGAGCCUGCAGUCUUGAUGAUUCUGCAUUCAUGAUCAUGAUGAACCUUGAGAAACCAAUGCUCAGUUUGGAUCUCUUUGUCCAUGAGUUGGGUCACAUUCUGGGAAUGAGGCAUGAUACAAGUGGAUGCAAAUGCAAGUCUGGAAAACCAGCUUGUGUAAUGGCUAGCAGAGGCUUAUUGUCUCUUGGCUUCAGUGACUGCAAUGAGAAGGACAUGGAGAUGUUUUUUGCUAGCAGUGAAGCCAGUUGUCUGUGGAAAGAACUAUCCCAAUGUGGUAACAACAUUCUAGAACAAGGGGAGAAGUGUGACUGUGGUUCUGUACAGGAAUGUCCAACUAUUAGCUGCUGUGACCCAACAUCUUGCAAAUUAAGAGAGAAUGGAGAAUGUUUAACUGGACUGUGCUGCAAGGAUUGUAAGCUUUUACCCAAAGGAACACUGUGCAGAAUGCCCAAAACUGAGUGUGACCUUGCUGAAUACUGCGAUGGAGCAUCCAAUCACUGCCCAUUAGAUAUGUACAAACAGAAUGGGGCGGCGUGUAACAAUGGCACAUCUGUGUGUUAUGAAAAUAGAUGUUAUGACUACAAUAAACAUUGUGAAUCAAUAUUUGGAGAAGGUGCGACAGUUGCUCCAUUUUCUUGUUUCCAAUGGGUAAAUACAAUAGGAGAUCGGUUUGGGAACUGCAACACAGAGAGAGAGAUGGUUGAGUGUAAUAUCAAGAAUGUUAUGUGUGGCCGACUUCAGUGCCAGAAUGUGAGUUCUGAAAUGAAGCCUGUUGAUAGCAAAACUGCCAUAAUUCUGACUCCAAAUGGAAACUCCUGGUGCUGGGGACUUGACUUUCAUUCUAAGCACUCUUCUUUUGACCUUGGAUCAGUUCCAGACGGGGCACCUUGUGACACAGGAAAGAUAUGUCUGAACAAGAGAUGCGUAAGCUCCUCACUGCUGUCAUAUGACUGUGACGCGGAGCACAAGUGCGGCGGAAAUGGGGUUUGCAACAAUAGAAAGAACUGCCAUUGUUACUCACAGUGGGCCCCCCCUAAUUGCACCCAGAGCGGAUAUGGGGGAAGCGUGGACAGUGGGCCAAUCACCAAACAUUCACCGGUUGAAUUCAUGCCAGAAGGAGGAAUUCUGCGCUUAUACGAUACCAAUGCAGCAAGCCUGAUGGUGCCUUUUUUAAUGACGACUCUUUAUCAUACUUUGGUUAUUGAAUGUUUCCAAUCCAUCUAUUUGUAUACUGUCUGGUAAGCAGGGCUGGAAUAAUAACUUACCAGCCUAGAAAUAAGCAAACAGAAGCACCCAUUCACAUCUCUUCUUCCUGCUGCUGCCCUAAUAUCACUCCAGAACCCUCUACAAAGUCACAGCAGGUCACAUUCUCUAUAGGAUGAAAUCUGAUAGGCUAACAACUACACUUGUUUUAUUAAUAUUUCCUUUAAAACCUUGUUAAAAAUGUUAGAGUAGCAAGAUCACAAAUAAUUUGUCUGCACUCCAGUUAUUUAUUAAACUCUGAUUUCAAAUUAA